AUGGUCUUCAAUUUGCUGUUCAUAACCACGGUGAUAAAAUCCACCUUCGGUGUGGUCACAACAGGCCUGUGGCUAAUACCUCUACUCCUGGCCACCAUUACCUAUUACCGUUAUGACCAGGUGGAUCCCGAGUCUAGGGUAUUCGAUCAACCGAAUUUAUAUCCGGAAUAUGAUUUUAUUGUUGUGGGUGCGGGGUCGGCAGGAGCUGUGGUCGCCAAUCGUUUGAGUGAGGUACGCAAAUGGAAGGUGCUGCUGCUCGAAGCUGGUCCUGAUGAAAAUGAAAUAUCCGAUGUUCCCUCCUUGGCAGCCUACUUGCAGCUGAGUAAACUCGAUUGGCAAUAUAAGACAGAGUCGUCGAAUAAAUCCUGUUUGGGUAUGAAUAAUAAUCGCUGCAAUUGGCCAAGGGGUAAGGUACUGGGUGGUUCGAGUGUCCUGAAUUAUAUGUUAUAUGUAAGGGGUAAUCGCCAUGACUAUGAUCACUGGGAGGCUUUGGGCAAUGAGGGUUGGGGUUAUGAUAAUGUUUUGCAUUAUUUUAAGAAAUCGGAAGAUAAUCGUAACCCAUAUUUAAGUAAUAAUCCGUAUCAUGGUAAGGGAGGGUAUUUGACGGUGCAGGAGUCUCCUUGGCAUACACCCUUGGUGGCGGCAUUUGUAGAGGCCGGCACGGAGAUUGGUUAUGAAAAUCGUGAUAUUAAUGGGGAAUUGCAGACCGGGUUUAUGAUGGCCCAGGGUACGAUUAGGAGGGGUUCGAGAUGCAGUACCGCCAAGGCUUUUUUGAGGCCCAUAAAAUAUCGUAAAAAUUUCCAUAUGUCAUUGAAUUCUCAGGCCACAAAGGUGUUGAUUGAUGAGGCCACGAUGCGUGUCAAGGGGGUGGAAUUUGUUAAAAAUGGCAAGGUGCAAAGGGUCUAUGCGAAAAGGGAGGUAAUACUCUCGGCAGGGGCCAUUAAUACGCCACAGCUGAUGAUGUUGUCGGGUAUUGGCCCCCGGCAGCAUUUGGAGGAUUUGGGUAUCAAGGUAUUGCAGGAUUUGCCGGUGGGUGAAAAUAUGCAGGAUCAUGUGGGUAUGGGCGGGUUGACUUUUUUGGUUGACAAACCCGUUUCCAUUGUCCAGGAUCGAUUUAAUCCCACGGGUAUUACCAUGCAAUAUGUGUUGAGGGAAAGAGGACCCAUGACCACCUUGGGUGGUGUGGAAGGAUUGGCUUUUGUCCACACGCCCUAUUCUAAUCGCUCGCUGGAUUGGCCGGAUAUACAGUUUCACAUGGCCCCGGCUAGCAUAAAUUCGGAUAAUGGAGCCAGGGUAAAGAAGGUUAUGGGUUUGAAGGAGUCUCUCUAUCAGGAGGUCUAUCAACCCAUUGCCAAUAAGGAUGCAUGGAGCAUAAUUCCGUUGUUACUGAGACCUAGGUCUAGGGGUUGGGUUAGGCUAAGGUCGGCAAAUCCCUUUGCCUACCCUUUGAUCAAUGCCAAUUAUUUUGAUGAUCCUUUGGAUGUUAAGGUUUUGGUUGAGGGUGCCAAAAUCGCGUUGCGAGUGGCUGAGGCUAAGGUCUUCAAACAAUUUGGUUCGCGGCUGUGGACUAAGUCCCUGCCGAAUUGCAAACAACAUAAAUUUAUGUCGGAUGCCUAUAUUGAGUGUCACAUUCGCACCAUUUCCAUGACCAUAUAUCAUCCAUGUGGUACAGCAAAAAUGGGUCCAGCCUGGGAUCAGGAAGCUGUGGUGGAUCCUAGGUUAAGGGUAUAUGGCAUAAGGGGUUUGAGGGUCAUCGAUGCCAGUAUUAUGCCCACUAUAAGUAGUGGAAAUACCAAUGCACCGGUCAUUAUGAUUGGUGAGAAGGGAGCGGAUUUGAUCAAAGAGGAUUGGUUCCACAAUCCGGAAUAUAAAAAGGUGAAUGCCAAGAGAUAG